CCAGCGUCUGGGCACAGACAGCUUCAGACUGAUCUUCUGUCCAAGAAUCAUCAUCUAAGGGCCAAGAUCUAAAGCUCUGACUCAUGAGAAAGAUUCUCUCCACCUGGUGCUCAAGUGAAGGAGGUGGUGGCUUGGAAAUGGACUUGCUUGAGGACCUUGAAUCCCUGCAGUUUGAGUAUGGGAUUCAAGAGGAAGACUGCAGCUGGCUGUAUUUGCAGGGCCGUUCUCGAGGGCUGGUGAUCAAGGCCUGUGCCCAUGCAACUUUCUUCUGCAAGCUACUCUGUAAUUUGAGAGAAUCAUUACAUGAGAAGCACACUUCCAGGUGUCUCUUGACUGGAUUUCUUGCUGACACUCCCAAUGAUGAUGAUGAUGAGUUAAAGGUGGGCAUCAUUGGAGGUGGCCACCUUGGGAAGCAGCUGGCUUGUGCACUGCUUCAGCUUGUCCCCAUCCCUGCUGAGAACCUGAGGAUUUCCACUCGCAGGCCAGAGGCCCUGGAUGAGUUCCAGAAACUGGGAAUCCAGUGCUUUUACCAUAACCCUUAUCUGGUGAACUGGGCCAACUUGGUAUUCCUCUGCUGCCUGCCAUCUCAGCUGCCUACUAUCUGUCUGGAAAUUCAAGCCUGCCUGGAAAAAGGUUGCAUUGUGUACAGCUUCGCAGCUGCUGUCCCAAUAGCCAGGUUGAAACUCCUGCUGAACCACACCAAUAUCUUGCGGCCUCAGUAUCAGUGUGUUGAAGAUUUUGUCAACAUCUGGGGGGCCAAUAAGGAGAUCACAGCUGCCCUCCAAGAUCCUGCGACCCUUCAGGCUACCUGCCCCUACAGUUCUGCUGGGGGAAUAAUCCUCAAUAUCAAGUGGUUGGAGGGAGUGUUCUAUGCCAUCCUAAACAUCUGCACCGCAAAGGACAUGCCCCACUUACAAGUGCUGCAACAUCUGAAUGAACUGUUCCUCUCUGUGCACUUUGAAGACUGUGGGAAGGAUGGAGCAUCUUGCCCCAAAUUUCAAUUAGGUGAUUUUGUCAACCAAGUCUAUACCAAGAACCUAUCUCAGAAAAGGAAGAUGGGGAGGGACAAAGAGGGAGAAUCUCAAGCAGGUUCCAUGCUUAGUAUGGAGCCCAACAUGCGGCUCGAUCCCACGACCACAAGAUCAUGACCUGAGCUGAAAUCAAGUGUCAGAUGCUUAACUGACUGAGCCACCCAGGUGCUCCUAUCUUUUCUAUUUUUAAUAUCUUUGUCUAUUUCUAUUUUCUGAGAGAUUUCAACUAUACUGUUUUUGCUAUCAUAUUUUAAGCAUAUUUUAAUUUUUGGUAUAUUUUGAAUAUUUUCAAAAUUAUUAAGUCUCCAAAUAUUCCUUUUUAUGUAGCAUCCUGUUAUCAUUUCAUUAUGCAAUACCAUCUCUUAUCCCUUUGAGAAUGUAAAUGAAUUUUUUUCUUCUGUGAGGAAUCUGUACUGAUCACUGGUUUUGGUUUCUAUCAUGGAUUUGAGAAGCUUUAUUCAAGUACGUAUAUGGAGAACUUUGCUCAUAUUUAAGGUCCUGGUUACUAAAAAGUUGAUUGGAAACUCUGUUUGUUACUGUAGUCAUUACUACAGAGUGAUUUGGUCAGCUAUUUCCUUGGGAAACACUAAAUAUUGGUUUAAGUCUUUGGGACCCAACUGGGGGAAAGAAAGCUAUGUAUAUGUAUAAGAAGAGGGGUCAUUUUAUUGCUUAUAUUUUUUUACUUUAUAUCCUUUCUAUUCAGCAAAUCCUUGCCCGCAACAGUGCCUAUUGUCUCCUUGUCCAGAGACUCCCUAUUUUUUUUUAAAGUCUUAUUUAUUUAAGUAAUCUUCACACCCAAUGUGGGACUCAAACUCAUGACCCCUGAGAUCAAGAGUUGCCCGCUCCACCGACUGAGCCAGCCAGGUGCCCCCCAAGACCCUCUAUUUAACUCUUCUAGAGAAUAAAUCUUCUGUUGGGGAGGAGGAGGGACAGUCUCCUGACUGUGCAGCAUUGGGUAGUGUGCUGUGAGGGUCUCUCUCUUUUUUAAGAUUUUCAGUCCAUCAUCCUAUUUUUAGUCCCAUCUCAUCUCCACUUCUGAUGUACUGGGUCCCACUACAUCUUGAGUCUUUUGUGGGUUCUAUGAUGUAAAUGGACUGUGUCUUGGUUCUCCCUGUUGCUGACUUCAGAUUCAGCUCAGUAUUAUUAUUUGUCCAUAUUUUUUCCAGCUUCCAAGUUGUUGCUCUUGUGUUCUCUCUCAUUCUCAUUAUAUAUUCUUUGCCUAUUCAUUUCUCUUUUGUUUGCUUUUAUAUAUUGUUUCAGAGAAGGUUUUCAGUAGGAAUACGUUAUGUGUAUUGGAAAUAAUUUCCAUAUUUUUCUUUCUUUUUGGUACCUUUUGCUGCUCAGAGAUUCUCAUUUUUGUAGUCAAAAGUGUCAAAUCACUGCUUUAUGGCUUUGGGGUUUUAAAUCAUACUUAUAAAGACCAUCUUCAUCCUAAGAUAUUCUAUAUUGUCUUCUAGUAUUUUAUUUUUAAAAUAUUUAAAUCUUUAAGCAGUUUUGGAUUUUUAGUAUCUUCUAUUCAUUUUGGAAAGCCAAUUGUCCUACAUUAUUUAUAGAGAGGCCAUUCCUUUUCCUACCAAUUUGAAAUAUGAUUUUUAUUAUUUAAUAAAAUGAAGGAUAUUUAUGGGUAUAUUUCUGGACUGUAUUCUGAACUGUGGGCCUAUUUUCUAUUCCUAUGCUAUGAUUUUUUUUGUCAUCAACUUUAUUUUUAUUUAUUUUUAAUUUACAUCCACGUUCGCAUAUAGUACAAUAAUGAUUUCAGGAAUAGAAUCCAGUGAUUCAUCCCCUACUUAUAAUAGCCAGUGUUCAUUCCAACAAGUGUCUUCCUUAAUGCCCCUUGCCCAUUUAGUCUUUCCCUCCACCCACAACCCCUCUGGCAACCCUCGGUUUGUUUUCUGAAUUUAAGUCUUUUAUGUCUUGUCUCCCUUCCUGUUUUUAUAUUAUUUUUGCUUCCCUUCCCUUAUGUUCAUCUAUUUUGUAUCUUAAAUUCCACAUAUGAGUGAAGUCAUAUAUUUGUCUUUCUCUAAUUUCACUUAGCAUAAUACCCUCUAGUUUCAUCCAUGUUGUUGCAAAUGGCAAGAUUUCAUUGUUUUUGAUUGCCAAGUAAUAUUCCAUUGUGUGUGUGUGUGUGUGUGUGUGUGUGUGUGUACUUCUUUAUCCAUUCAUCAGUUGAUGGACAUUUGGGCUCUUUCCAUACUUUGGCUAUUGUCGAUAGUGCUGCUAUAAACAUUGGGGUCCAUGUGCCUCUUCAGAACAGCACACCUAUAUUCUUUGGAUAAAUACCUAGUAGUGCAAUUGCUGGGUCAUAGGGUAGUUCUAUUUUUAAUUUUUUGAGGAACCUCCAUACUGUUUUCCAGAGUGGCCCAGUUUGCAUUCCCACCAGCAGUGCAAUAGGGUUCCUCUUUCUCCGCAUCCUCAUCAACAUCUGUUGUUGCCUGAGUUGUUAAUGUUAGCCAUUCUGACAGGUGUGAGGUAGUAUCUCAUUGUGGUUUUAAUUUGUAUAUCCCUGAUGAUGAGUGAUUUUGAACAUUUUUUCAUGUGUCUGUUAGCCAUCUGGAUAUCUUCUUUGGAAAAGUGUCUAUUCAUAUCUUUUGCCCAUUUCUUAACUGGAUUAUUUAUUUUUUGGGUGUUGAGUUUGAUAAGUUCUUUAUAGAUUUUGGAUAGUAACCCUUCAUCUGAUAGGUCAUUUGCAAAUAUCUUCUCCCUUUCUGUCAGUUGCCUUGUAGUUUUGCUGAUUGUUUCCUUUGCCAUGCCAAAGCUCCCAUGCUAUGAUUAAUUGCUGUAAUGUGUUUCUAUUUUUUUGUAUCUGCUAGGGCAAGUCCUCUUCAUUAUUAUUUUCCAAAAAAAUUUUUAAUGUUUAUUUAUUUAGAGAGAGAGAGAAUGCACAGGGGAGGGGCAGAGAGAGAGGGAAACACAGACUUUGAAGCAGGCUUCAAGUUCUAAGCUGUCAGCACAGAGCCUGACACAGGGCUCAAACUCACGAACUGCGAGAUCAUGACCUGAGCUGAAGUUGGACGCUCAACUGUCUAAGCCACCCAGGUACCCCUAUGAUUUUCCAAAAUCCUUAUGCAUUUAUUUUUCAUGUGAAUUUUUAAAAAAUGACUUUAAAAAUUAGAAAAGUAACAAAUGUUUAUAGUAAAUAGGAUAUCAACUAAAAUGUACCAAACAGAAAGUGAAAGUACCUCCCUUAAAUCCCAUUUUCAAGAGGUAACUACUCUCAAUAUUUGCUGUGACAAAUGAACUUGAAAAUAGGCUAUGUUUUUAAUGUUAAAUUACUGAGUAGGAUGUUUGCUCUUGGCUUCUGGCACUAUUUAUAAAGUUGAAAGAUUCCUUCUUAAAUGAAGGAGUGGUAGAAUAUCAUUUUGUAAACUCUAAUGAAAUAAUGAAUCUAGGCAACUGUAGGUGAAAAGUUGAUGGGGGAGCUUUAUAAUGAAUAGAUCACACUGAAUCCAUUAAUCAGUCUUAACACUGCAGAGACAAUGUAUUUCUGGAUAAAACAGAUACAGAUGAAAUACUCAUAAAAAACCCCAGAAUUUGAUCAAGUAUAGAUAUAAAUUCAAGAGACAGGAAAAUGUUAAAUGACCAUGAGAUAUUAUCAGCAAAAUCUAGAAUAUGGGAAAUUUUAGAGGACAAACAACCUAAUUUCUUCAACAAAAAAACUGCAAGGAAAAAAAAGAGGAAGGGGAACUUAUAAAAAAAAAAGACUUGAAAGUCCCUAUACAUGUGUUGAUCUAUAUACCUUAAUAAGUUGAAGAGGAUAUCUUUUUUAAUGCUUUUUAUUAAUUUUUGAUAGAGACAGAGUGUCAGCUGGGGAGGGGCAGAGAGAGAGGGAGACACAGAAUCUGAAGCAGGCUUCAGGCUCCAAGCUGUCAGCACAGACCCCGAUCAUGAAUCUGUGAGAUCAUGACCUGAGCUGAAGUUGGACACUUAACAACUGAGCCACCCAGGCACCCCAUUUGUUGAAGAAGAUAUCUUUAAAAAAAAUUUUUUUUUAGUAUUUAUUUUUGAGAGAGACAGAGUGCAGGUGGGGGAGAGGCAGAG